AUGGAUACUGAAGAUCUCAACAGUAAUGUUUUUCUAAAGAUACUGAAAACUAAACAUCCGAAAAUAUUCAAUGCAAUCGAAACCAAUUGUUACCUUUUAUGUAUUCCUCAGUCACUUUCUCUCUAUGGAAUGAAUAUUACUGCUAAAAUUAUAGUUGGAUCGAAAUUCUAUCAAGACGAAUACGAAUCACUUAAUAGAGAUGCAAAGUACAAUAUCGAGAAUAUGUUGAUCACCGACAAGAGUGAUCCAACCAAGCAGAUCAAAAUUCUCUUUGCCGAGAUGUGUUACAACAGAGAGUACAAACCCUAUCGAUUCUACUGCAUUGAAUAUCCAUUGGUUGGUGGAACAGGAAUUAAACCAUCGAUCUCUUUCGACAAUGAGGAAUUUGGUAUAAUUAAACCACAGAAACCAACUUUUGAAAAUGCAACACAAUUCCUAUACUCUCAACCAUUGAACUCACCAAACUCUAUCGUAAUGAAAAAAGUGGAUAAUGAGAUCAUGUUUUUCGAACAAACAACCAAUUUGGAGAACCACAAUCAAACUCAAGUCACAGAACUACUCUCGCGAAUGAAAGAGAAAUUUAUGGACGAUCUAGUUUGUGCAAAUGCCGAAUACAAAGAAUUACAAACCAAUGAGAAACAAAUGAACAAUCUAUCACUUUUACUUGAUAGUUAUUUAAUAGGUAAACUUUAUGAUAAAAUAUAUAUACAAUUAAAAGAGAUUUACUCUGAGAAGAAUAAUUAUUAUUAUGAGAAAAUGGCAAUGCUAUCGAAUUUGACGCUGGAAGAGUUGGGUAUUCGUAAUGAAUUCGCUCCGCAUCUAGCGCGUGCCACUGAGAUUAUGAUACAGUUUCAAAUGGAUCAGACACCGAUCGAUAAGCUCCUCACUAUCGUGCAGGCAUCGAAUGAGAUUGAAAACUCGAUAAAGACAUUGUCGCUACUCGAACUCACCGAUGACAAUCCACUGACGAUCACCGGUGACGAUGCACUGCCGCUCACCUCAUACCUGCUGAUACAAGCACAUCCACGAUUCCUCGAGACCGACCUCGUCUAUUGUACAAACUAUAUAUUCACCGACGUAUCCAAUCACUCAUUUGGUUAUCAUCUCGUCAACUUUCAAGCCGGUGUCGAACAUAUCAAACAACUGAUCGAUCAAUUUGCACCGAACACCAAUACCAACCUUACAAACAACAUCAACAACAUAAACAACAAUGAAUCAUCAAUCAUAAAUAACAAUAUUAAUAUUCUAUCACCAAAUCAACAUUUAAAAGUAAAAUCAACAUCAUUAAAUUUACCGACCUAUUUAAGUUCCAAUUCAUUGCUAUCAAACUACACACAACAACCACAACAACAUCAACCAACAAUCAUAACUUCACCGCCAGCCAAUAAUAGAUCUUUAGUACAGAACCAAUAUACAUCAUCACCUAACCUAUAUAAUUAUGUUUCGACAACUUCCUACUCAUCAUCUGUCACACCAUUGUCACCCAGAGGUCCCGACGUACAGAAAUCAUCUCAUUCUUCAUUUGCUCCGAGCAGCAGUAGAUACAACACUAUCAAUAGCAACAACACUAUCAAUAACAACAACAAUAAUAAUAAUAAUCUGACCUCAUCGUUUCAAUAUCAUAAAUAUACAAAACCUCCUUCUGUCAUUAGAUUGGAUGAAGAUGAAACUGGUAGUCCUUGGACCUACAAACAACAACAAUAA